UGCGGACGCCACGUGAUGGUGCAUGAGGCGACCGUACUGCCAGGCCUGACGGGAGCGGACCUCAUGCACUCGAGAUCUCAAGGCGAGAUGCGUAUGCAGUCGGAGGCGCGCCCCAGCUUGGCAUCUGUCCAUCCCCGGUCUGUUUCCUCCGACAUGAGCCUGCUGUACGCGGGCGCGUCUCGGGCCUUUACAAGGCCUUAAGGUAAACGUUGACGCGUCUUGCGUGUCCGCUCCUCUUUCCUUCGACCCUCGUCAUCUUCCGUCUGACUUUGGCCCGAGCCCUUCGUCGUAUCGCGUGCGCCGGGCAGUCCCCUCCUUUUGUGUGCCCGCCAUGUUUUUGCACCGCCACGCCCUCUGUGCAACAUUGCUCUCCCUGGCCAGCGCCGCAUUGGGAUACGAACUUAUCCAUGACUACUCAGGAGAUACCUUUUUCCAGGGAUGGGACUACUACGGCAAGUGGGACAACCUGACGCUAGGAAACGUCACCUACCUGUCGCAGGAGGCUGCGACGCAGCAAAACUUGACCUACAUCAACAGCGCGGGCAAUGCGAUCAUCAAGGUUGACAACUUCACCACAGUUUCUAAGGGUGAACGGCGCAACUCUAUCCGUCUUACAUCCGAGGAAUUCUACGACUUCGGUACUGUCUGGAUCAUCGACGCAGUACACUUGCCAUGGGGAUGCUCUGUCUGGCCUGCGUUUUGGAGCACAGCACCUGACUGGCCGGUUGGUGGCGAGAUCGAUAUCAUCGAGGGUAUCAACAAUCAGCUCAACGACCAGUUUGCCAUCCACACGACUGAGGGUUGCUACCACGACAAACCGCCAAAUCAAGUCGGUUUCAACAUUGACACGAAUUGCAGCAUGGGGUCAGGAUGCACCGUGGGCAUGACCUCCCAGAACAGUUACCAAGCUGGGUUCGCCACUGCUGGAGGCGGUGUAUAUGCCACACAGUACGACGUCUCUGGUAUCUACAUGUGGUUCUGGAGCCGGCCGGACGUUCCUUCCUCGCUCAGCGCUUCUUCGACGGGCAUCAACAUCUCUGAAUGGGGUACCCCGAUGGCCAGCUUCCCUAACGACCAGGCGUGCAACACGACGAAGUUCUUCAAGCCUCAACAGCUCAUAUUUGACAUCACGCUCUGUGGCGACUGGGCGGGCGUCCCGGGUAUCUACGACUCACAGUGCUAUAAUGCGGGACCGAACCACGAUUGCUACCUGGACAACGUUGUAGGGAACGGAAGCAAUUACGACGAGGCGUACUUUGAAGUCUCCUACGUCCGCACGUACGCCACCGGAGCCGCGCUCGCAGCCGCGCAAGCGAGCUCGAGCUCGAGCGCCGCGCCCUCAGCCACGCAGUCAGACCCCUCCUCGACGAAGACGCAGACGUCAGACGCGACGUUGCCUGGCAUUAGCCUGCACGGCGUGCUAUUCACGACGAUGUGCGUGGGCGGCCUUGUUGUGGGCAGCGUGCUGCCGUUGCUGUGA